GACCGGACAGAGAUGCCGGCUGACAAUUCUUCCGAAAAUUGUUCCGAUCCUUCCAUGGGUUUCCAGGCCUCCUUAUAUGCAGCGACGUACGUGAUUAUUUUCAUCCCUGGUCUGGUGGGCAACAGCCUUGCUCUGUGGGUUUUGUGUUGCUUCAUCAAGAAGGAAAGCAAAGCAGCCAUUUUCAUGAUGAAUUUGGCCGCAGCUGAUCUGGCUCAUGUCCUCUCCUUGCCUUUGAGGAUGUACUACUAUAUCAACCACAGCUGGCCCUUUGGGGGCUUCCUCUGUCAGUUCUGCUUCUACCUGAAAUACCUCAACAUGUACGCCAGCAUCUGCUUCCUCACUUGCAUCAGCAUCCAGAGGUAUCUCUUUCUGCUUCAUCCCUUCCGAACCAAAAGUUGGAAUUACAGACAUGAUGUUGCCGUAAGUGCUAUGGUCUGGAUCGUGGUGGGGGCUGCUUGCUUGCCCCUCCCAAUCCUGAGAAGUCCUAGCUUAACCAACAAUGCCAAUACCUGCUUCGCUGACCUCGGAGUCAAACAGUUAACAAGGGCAGCCUCCGUAGCACUGAUGGUGGUAGCUGAGCUCUCUGGAUUUCUGCUCCCUCUUGUAAUAAUCCUUUACUGCACGUGGAAGAUGAGGCAGUCCCUGCAGGAUCCCCACGCUCCGUUGCAACAGGCUGACGAGAGGCGGAAAGCUUGGCGUCUGAUCUUGGGCUGUGCGGCCGUCUUCUUCAUCUGCUUCACCCCCUACCAUGUGAACCUCCCGAUCUUUAUGAUGGUCAAACAAGGUGUCUUUGGAAGCUGCUUGGUCCGUCACCAAGUUCUGAAUUUCCACUCCAUUUCUUUGUGCCUUGCAAGCCUGAAUUGCUGCUUGGAUCCAAUUCUCUACUAUUUCAUGACAUCAGAAUUUCAGCAAAGGCUAUUCCGACACAGCGGGGCUGCCUUCCUGCACCGGUUCAUCCGUUUAGACAACAUCAGGACUGCCGUUUCCACUGCCAAAGAGCAGGAGGAGGUUGGGAAGAGAAGCGAAAAUGUUUUAAUGGCCUAUUUCCGAUCCUUUCGGCCUCAAAGACUUGAAAAUGAUAGCCUGGCGACUCCUCUGUCUUCUUAGCUAAUCAAUGAUACACAGAGGUCCAUAUCGGAAGAUCUC